GAUUACAGAGGAAGCAGUUAAGACAGUAUUGUGAGGAAAAGUGGAAUUCAUACGUAACUAGGAAUGUUACAUAAGGGCACUUUAGUGUAGGUCUGCUGGUGCAAGUUCCAGUGAUCGCAGACUGAUAAGAACCUGGGUACAAGCACUCAGGGAGCCAGCUUACAAAGAUAGAAAGAGGGGGGAAAAAAGAAACACGUUUUAAAGUGACUGAGGCACUCAGACUUCAGCUGGGAGUUCAUUGUUUCUGAGAGCCCGCUGAGAGACUCCCGCUCCCGCAUUCGGAUCUUGGAGACGACUUGCGCUGCAGACCACGAGAAAUCAAGAGGAAACAAAGCAGCGCUGCUCUUGGCCGGGAUCAUGCAAGGAGGAGAUAAUGACAGUUUAACAAGGAAGUAAACACGCUGACCGUGGGACUGACAAUCAGGAAGAACAGGACCAUUAGAAGCUGGGAUUUAUGUGGCUCACCAGCAAAUCAGCAGUGUGUGUUUGACACAGACAGCUGAAGGCAGGACCUCGGGAGUUUGUUGAAGUUUUUUUUUUUCUUAAAUUUAAAAAAGGCAGAUUUUAGCUCUUGGUUCUUGAUUUCCUUGAGGCAGCUUUUGGCAGUGUAAAAAAUGUCAGAGGAGAAAGACAUGACCUAUAGCGAGGCCAUUCAGAAGGCCAGCUCCUCCAUCACACGUUUCCCUCUCAUCCCAGUCAGAGGAGUGCCUCUGAUGAACCACAUCGCCAACAACUGGGACAGCAUCUGGGCUUUUCGUCCCGAUCCAUCGGACCUCCUCAUUGCCACCUACCCCAAAGCAGGGACUACGUGGACCCAGGAAAUUGUUGACCUGCUCCUUCACAAUGGAGAUGCUGAGGCCUGCAAAAGAGCCCCCACACCUGUCCGCAGUCCAUUCCUAGAGAUCUUCUCCCCACCUCCCAUCCCUUCAGGUCUUGAUCUUCUGGAAAAAAUGGAUCCCCCGAGAGUUAUCAAGACACAUCUUCCUUUUCAGCUAGUACCUCCUGGAUUCUGGGAAAACAAAUGCAAGGCUAUCUACGUGGCACGCAAUGCCAAAGACAACCUGGUGAGCUACUACUACUUUGAUCUUAUGAAUCAGACCCAGCCUGAGCCAGGGCCUUUUGAUGGCUACAUCCACAAGUUUAUGCAAGGAGACCUGUCAUGGGGCUCCUGGUAUGAUCAUGUGAAAGGUUACUGGCUGGAGCGAGAAAAGAGGAAUAUUCUGUACCUCUUCUACGAGGACAUGAAAGAGAAUCCUCGGCGUGAAGUGGAGCGCAUCAUGAGGUACCUGGACUUGUCGGUCUCUGAUGAGGUCAUCAGCCAAAUCGUGGAGCUCACCUCCUUUAAGAACAUGAAGGAGAACCCGAUGGCCAACUACUCCUGCGUUCCAUCUCCGGUGUUUGAUCAGUCCAUCUCUCCUUUCAUGAGAAAAGGUGAAGUGGGUGACUGGAAAAACCAUUUCACACCUGAGCAAUCAAAGCUGUUUGAUGAAGACUAUGAAAAGCAGAUGAAGGACAUCGACAUACCGUUCAGGACCCUCAUCUAAUGGAUCCGGGGGUUUCUGGAAUUUGCUGUGCAAACCAAAGACUGACGACCGUCGCUGAGCCGCACUUAAACAGCAGAAGCACUGUCGCGAAAAAAAUCCAAAAUAUUAGCUAUAAAAUGAAAAUGUUUGACUCACGUUUAAUAUGUAUGGAUGUUGAACACUGUAAUCACUCAUCCUCGUGACGUGUCCAGAGGAGGUCAUCUAAAUGUACGCCCAAUAAAAACAUGCUCCACAAUAA